AUGCUUUUGAUUUUAUUUUACAUAGAGAAUGUACUAACUUCGAGCUGCAACAGAAUUAGAGGCGAGCAUGGUGAAAUAAGUUCACAGCAUCCAUACAGUGGCGGAGAAAACUGGUGUAUAUGGGUAAAAUCGCAAUGCCAGGCCGGUCUUAUUUUGACUGUGAACCAACUUGAACUCACUAAUUGUACAACAGAUGUCCUUACUAUUUCCACCAAGCAAGACACGAUCAAUUUUUGUCAGGGCGAAGUCCGAAUCCCUGAGCAGCAUUUUCCAGAUCGGGAAUUCAUUCUCGAGUUUAAAUCUGGCAAGAUGAGCGGUGAUUACGGAUUCGAUGUUGCUUGGCGAUGCAGUAUAAAGGAAGAAAAACAGAAAGCCGCAUCAGUAUCAAUCGAGAGGAACUUGAAGGUUCCCAAAACAUUUGAAGCUCUGGUGCUGAAACAAUUCGAUGACAUCAUUGAAGAAAACAAGGAAUCGAUCAAGAAAGCGAACCGAGUUCAAGCAGUUAGAAACUCCUUUGAAAGAAUGUGCAGAGACAUCGAGAAAGCAACAAAUAGAAAAGAUCGGGAACGCCAGUGUGCAGACUUAUCCAAGGGAAAAGAAUUCAUUCAAAGUAAACUUUCGGAACAGUCACCUGUCUCGCCAAUUGACGCUCUUCAGACUUUUUAG